CGAGCCGAGCCUCAGGCAUCUCUGCUUCUUAAACCCUUUCCCUUCUCUCGGACUCUCUCCUCCCUCCCUUGCUCGUCUUUCCCUGGCGGCGACGACUGGGCAAGCGGCGGCGCCAUUCGUCACGUCUUCGCCCAACCCUUUGCCGGCGACCAGCAUCGACCAGUAUAUUCUGAGGAUGGCUUGGGGUCAAGGUGCUAGAAAGCCCAUAUUGGGGCUUGUGUUUCGUGCUCAACAGCAAGCUGCGAGGGGAUACUCUUCUUCAGCAUUCAAAACUCGUCUAUUGGGCACUCUUGUUCCCCAAAAUGAUAUGUUUCCUAGGAGAUUCAGCUCUCAAGUGUCUUCUUCAGAGCAAAUGAACCUUAUUAAACAACUCCGAGAAAGAACGAGUGCUCCAAUCAAAGAUGUGAAGGCUUCCUUGGUUAGCUGCGACUGGGAUAUUGAGGCUGCACAGAAAGACCUGCGGAAGAGAGGAGUGGUUCUUGCUGCCAAAAAGUCUUCACGGACUGCUGCUGAAGGUUUGCUAGCUAUUGCACAAGAUGAGAAAAGGGCGGCUGUGAUUGAGCUUAACUGUGAAACUGAUUUCGUAGCAAGAAAUGAUGUUUUCCAGUACCUGGCUUCAUCAGUGGCAAAGAUGGUUUUGUCUGCUCAGGGUCCUGGUCAAUUAUUUUUGCCUUUUGAUCCUGAAUAUUUGGAGAACAUGUCUAUCAAUCUAGAUCAUCCUAAGCUCAGUGGGGAAACAACUGUCCAAAGUGCUGUAACAGAAGUUGCUGCCAUGGUUGGAGAGAAUGUAAAACUCAGAAGAGGUUUCAUAUUAUCAACAACUGCACAUGGUGUAGUUUCAUCUUAUUUGCAUACCUGUCCUCAGCCAGGUUUGGGUCGUAUUGCUGGAUUGGUCACACUAGAAGCAGAAGAUAGCAGUGCUUCCCUUGAUGCUCUCAAGACAGUUGGGUCGUCAAUUGCAAUGCAUAUUGUUGCAACAAAACCAUUAUUCUUGUCAAAAGAAUUGGUUUCUCCUGCGGCUAUAGAAAAUGAACGUGAAAUACUGCGAACUCAGGCUGAAAGUUCUGGGAAAUCCCAAAUGGCUAUGGAUAAAAUGGUGGAAGGUCGAUUAAGGAAGUACUUUGAAGAGGUUGUUCUCAUGGAGCAAAAAUAUGUUCUCAAUGAUAGCACAAACAUUAAGACCGUGCUGAAUAAUUUGUCAAAGGAGGUUGGUUCUAAAGUAACAAUUGGUAACUUUUUUAGAAUGCAAGUUGGUGAAGGAAUCGAGAGACCUGAAGAUGCUGCUGGGUCAGAACCCGUCGCUCACUCUGCAUAGGUUUAAAGCAGAUAUGAAUCAAAUGAGACUGUUAGGGUGUACGUGAAGAUCCCUGUUUUUACUUUUUAGAUAUUUUGCUUUCCCAAGAAUUUUUGGGCUAUAAUAUCUGUCCAGGGCUGUAUCCUUCUAUAGAUGCUGACCGAUCAUUUAGGUGUUUGCAGUGAAAUUUUCCCAAAAGCUUAACUGAAUUAAGCUGAAUAAUAAUGCUUUUACCAUAGCCAUGUAUCCAUACAUUUUGAGACCUGCAAAACUGCACAAUUCAGUUGCAACCAUGUAUGAUUGAAUCACAUUCAGAUGGUAAGAAAUCAGAACAGAAUGGUAGUUGGUACUAUUA